CAUGCACUCUCCCAGUGCAUGCUUUCUGAACGCCUGUCCGCCUGCAUCUGCACAGCUCCUGUGUUCUUGACCUGGAAGUGGAAGUGGCCUUCCCUUUCUGCACCACCAGCUGUCCUCCCUUUUCAGCUGCAUUAAAUGUAGGACGUUGAAAAGCACAAUUCUUUGAACGCGACUGGAAAACCUGAGGCGGCGAGCUGGUAUCAGCAGACUGCCAGAUGCGCGGUGGUGUUGCCUUAGCACUCACUUGGCGGUCCAACUGAGGCUUACCUACUCACAAGCAAUCAGGACUUAGUGCAGAGGACAUCUGCAAUCACACAAGAGCCAGGAAACAAAGAAUCAAACAACGGUGAGGACUGUCGCGCUGCGCUGACCGCCUGUAAUAAGCAGUGGCAAAAAUGGUGCAGAAGAAUCUGUUCAAAGGCAAAGCUAAAGAUAAGAAAGCGGCGGCCAACAGGCAUGGCAAAUUGGUGACGCAAAGAAAAGGGAGGAUUUUCAAAGCCCCAAAGAAAAAAACCGACGACUACCUUGCUAGCAAUGAAGUGACAAAGUACAUUGAUAAAGCAAACGAAGUCAAAGUAGCCACCAAAGCCUUAAAAGAAGGCGGCCAGCUUAAGUUUGUAAAAGGCAACUCAACAGCCUCAGAGCCCAAGAAGAAGAAAAAGGCUGACGUUAAAGGACCCGAAAAGUAACCACCUUUCGGGCCGAGGGAAUCCCUGAAAGCAGCUUGUGGUGUCCAAUCGAAGUCAAAGCAUGUGUUGUGCUUGCUUUAAAUAUCUCGUUGCUUGACAUUGAAACAUAACAAUUUAUGCAGAAUGUCUGAUCGCACAGUGAUAUAAAACGGGCCGGCUCAAUAGCGGCUUCAUAGUGCAACACUAACAGAUUGUCUUCUCAAAGGCUGCCACGUAUACACUGUUGCGCUUCCACAUAUUCUCAAUUCGUCCGGCC